UGCUGGUAGUACCACGCACGUGAUAGUUGUCCACUUGAGCUUGACCAUAAGGUAGCUUCUCGCGACCUGCUGGACGGAAACGACCUCUUUUCUUGUUCUAUUCGUACCUAUCAUAUUCUACCUAAUAAAUUUCGUUGCUGGAACUAGCAUUGAGUCGUUCUGCGCGCCAGCCCUCCUUUAACGGCAGCCGUAUUACACUUUACCGCCCUCUCCUCAGCACCUCAGGCUCCCCCAAUACCGCGUUAAAGCCAUUAAGCCUGCCCAGCUGUUAGCCCUGUGUUCCUUGAACCCCACGCCGACUAUCAAUUCCGCAUGUUCUAGAUCUCGCGACACCACUUCCAUCCAACUCUCGUCAUCAUGACAGACGCCGAGAAGCUUGAGCUUCCCAAGGGCGCUCCUGUUGAGGACCCUGGAGCCCACGAACUUGCUGAGGAGUCUGAAUCCGACGACCAGUUUACCGAUGCGGCAUCUGGCGCGGGAAGUCCCAAGAUUAGUUCACCAAUUCCAAAGACUCGAGUCGAGAAGGUCGACGAUCAGCCAUCACACGGCGAGGUCCCGGGAACUGAAGCAUACGAGAUGCGGGGGCAGGAUGCUCAGCCUGACGAGAUUGCGAUUGCUCCAGAGACGGGCGCAUCUCAAAAUGCUCCCUCUACCCCCGAAAUCAAAGCGCCCACGACCAUCGUAGAGGAGGCUCCUGGGCCUAGAAGCCGAUCGCACUCAAUUCAAUAUGAGGAGAGGCGCAAAGCAGAUGCUUCUCCGGACAUUCUCGUGGAUUCUGAUGGUCAGGUCAGGGAGAUUCAAGGCGAGAGCGCACAUGUUGACAGCAAUUCUGAUAAUUCAAGACCGUCACCCGAUACUGCAGACUCGAAAUUCCAGGAAGAUGGACAUUCUGAAAGCCCUCGUGCCAUAGCUACUUCUUUACGAGAUGCUGACGAUGACGAUGGCGAUGACGAACCACAACAAGAUAAUGAUGGCGACGACGAUUUCGGCGACGACUUUGAUGAUUUCGAGGAGGGUAAUGAGGACGAUGACUUCGAUGACUUUGAAGAUGGCUUCCAGGAAGCAGAGACACCAGCGCCCACUGCCACACAGGCUUCGCAGCAAUCAACAUUACCAUUCUCCAUACCCGAUUUUGAAGGACUUGAUCCAGAAGCAGUCGUAUCUGCUUUAGAGCCUUUCCUCGCUAAUCUAUACCCCCCAGAAGAACUCGAUCUUCCCACAUUCCCACCUCUCUCCAAGGACUCGGUGUUUUUCACAGCAAGGUCUGCAUCUCUCUGGUCACAACUGGUAGCGCCACCUCCUCUCGCACCCCCUGAUUGGAUCCGCUCUCGCACACGCCGCCUCUUUCUCGUGUCACUCGGUGUUCCCGUCGACCUCGACGAGAUCCUCCCAGCCUCUAAGCAGAAGAAACUCGUCCUCCCCUCUCUCAACGUCCCUUCAUUAUCGCCUAGAACGUCCACAGAUUCCCGGUCUGUAUCUAGGUUACGGCAAGGCGAAGGUAACAAUUCAUCUACAUCAGUUGAUACCCAAGGAAAGCCAUCAGCCUCGACAAGAAAGCGGCGCGGGCCUCCACCACAACCCGAACUGGACCUCGUGGCUGCUCGUCAUUUGUGCCAAACAACAGAUGAAGCGCUUGAUGGUAUGACUGAUGAGGAACUAAAAGCGCACGUAGCCAAACUGGAAGGUUUGCAGGAAGCGGCCAAGGAAGCAUUGGAAUAUUGGAAGAAGAGAACCGACGAAAAGAUUGGCGAUCGAGAAGCAUUCGAAGGCGUCAUAGAAAACUUGGUCAAGCACGCGCGCAAAACGCGCAAAUAGAUAUUGCAUAUACUCAUGCGUUUAGUCAUGAAAUCUCUUCAUUUCGUGCUAUGAGCGUUUGGCUAAAACUUUUUGGGUCUCCUUGUGAGGUUGGUGUUACCUCGACGCGUUCACAGCGUAACUACAUUUCUCAUCCACUAGUCACAGCCACAUGUUCUUUAUCGCUCGUGGCAUGGACUCAUCUAGCUCCUCUUUAUUUUUUCGUCUCCAUGCUCUCCUAUAAAAGACCACCAAACACCAGGCCCCCCUCCAGCGCCAACUGUCUACUCAAAAUGCCUUCAGAGGCUUUGCCUCUGCAAUUGGGCGUUCUUGAGCUCUUCAUGUGAUGUAGCCGGGAAAUCAUGCGAAAAAGCUGCUAAGUUGUUCAUUGGUCCAGGUGGAAAGUCUAAGCAGUACUGGGCUCAAGGGUCACACCACUAUAAUGGAGCCCAACCAAUGAGACGCCAAUGCUUCUCAAUACGUCUGCUCAGAGCAACCUUUUCGCCGAUAUUGGUACAGGCAGGGCUGGUCAGGACAAGCUUAGCAGCGUCGUUCUUGAUGGCAGCAACCUUGGCGCCAGUGGAGGUAGAGCCAAUGUUGACCAUGAUAACCUCGUUCUUAGCGAGCUUAGCAACCUUAGCUUGUUUACCAUCGGCGGUCCUCACACCAAGCAGGCGGCGGAGAAGGUAGAAGUUGACCUCGAUCUCACUGUAGAUCUCGGGAAGGCGGCCCUUGAGACCCAAGACGAAACCGACUAGACGAUCGGCUCGGCACAGAGUAGGAUCGAUUCGGGUGCCGACACCGAUAAGACCACCGGGUACGGCGUACUUGAGGUCGUUGGCUUCGGAGUUAAGCGAGACGACUCGACUGAAAAUGGGUGUGCACUUGAGGGCACCGCUAUCGUCUCGGGAGACAAUACCAGGUCGGAUCUCAAUCUCAUCACCAAGCUUGACAACACCGUGGAGAAUAGAACCACCGGCGACACCACCCUUGAGGUCAUCGAUCUCGGAACCAGGCUUGUUGACGUCGAAUGAUCGAAUGACGAUCAUAUGAGGAUCUAUGCUGAAGUCUCUGGGAGGAACGGGAAUGGUGUUGACAAUGGCCUCGUUGACGGCAUCGAUAUUGAACUUGAGCUGGGCAGAGAUGGGAAUGACUGGGGACUUGCCGGCGACAGUUCCUCGGAUGAACUUGAGGAUGGAUUGGUAGUGCUGCUGCGCAGCCUCUUCUCGCAUAAGAUCGACCUUGUUCUGCAGAAUGAUGAUCUUGUCGAGCUUCAUAAUCUCAAUAGCAGCCAAGUGCUCGGAUGUUUGGGGCUGAGGGCAAGAUUCGUUACCAGCGAUGAGAAGGAGAGCGGCGUCCAUGACGGCAGCGCCUGACAACAUGGUGCUCAUGAGAAUAUCGUGACCAGGGCAAUCGACGAAUCUGUAGACAUCAGCCAUUAUUCCGUACACGAGCUUGAAUUAAGCAUCAACUUACGAGACGUGUCGCAAUAGCCUGUAAGUACCGCCACAGCCAUCUCUCUCACAAGGAGGAUCAACUUCCUUCUCACUCUUGUAACUGCGGUAGCAUCCAGGGCGAGGGCAUGCUUGGUUGUCGCAUUUGUAGAUCUUGGCGUUGGCAUAGCCCAACUUGAUUGUGAUGUUGCGGAUGAGUUCGUUCUUAAAACGAACCGUUUGGACACCAGAGAUAGCCUUGACGACGGUGGACUUUCCGUGAGCUACAUGGCCAAUGGUACCAAUGUUGAUAGUAGCUUGACGGGCAAUAAUCUCGGGCGUCAAGGGGGUCAGGCUCGCAACAUCGAGAUCUUUAGGGUCGGUUUGUGGGGGCAGAGGAGGUCUUUGAGUCGCGGGCGCUGCGAUAGCUGGGUUGGAUUUCUUGAGAGCCGACUUGAGGGGCUUCUCGUCGCCAGCCUCGUUGUGGCCGACAGACUCGCCGGAGUCAGACUCGGACUCGAUGUCGUCGUAUUUGGGGUCGCCGCUGGCAGACAUGAUGAAGGCGGGGCAAUUCGGACGGUAUUUCAGAAGUGGUUUUUUGAUCGUAGAGUGGUUUUUUGGUCGUAGAGUAGCGGGAGAUCGGUUUCGAGUGAGGAAAUCGGUCGGCUGGAUCAGUAGAAAAUUGCAAUCCUAUGUUCGAAGGUCUCA